CGAGCCACGAGGAAGCAGAGGGAGAACCCGGGUCCUGAGGGGUCCUCGUAUGGAGUUAUCUGAUGUCCUGUGCUCACCCUGAAGUUGAACCAUGGUCAUUCUGCAACAGGGAGACUAUGUCUGGUUGGACCUCAAAACGGGACAGGAGUUUGACGUUCCCGUGGGAGCGGUGGUCAAGCUAUGCGACUCGGGACAGAUCCAGGUGCUGGACGACGAGGGCAGGGAACACUGGAUCUCCCCCCAGAACGCCACCCACAUCAAGCCCAUGCACCCCACUUCCAUCCAGGGGGUGGAGGACAUGAUCCGCCUGGGAGAUCUCAACGAGGCCGGCAUCCUCCGGAACCUUCUCAUACGCUACAACGAGCGGGUCAUCUAUACGUACACAGGGUCAAUCCUGGUGGCAGUGAACCCCUACCAGUUGCUGCCCAUCUACACCCCGGAUCACAUCCGCCUGUACACCAACAAGAAGAUAGGAGAGAUGCCUCCCCACAUCUUCGCUAUAGCAGACAACUGCUACUUCAACAUGCAGAGGAACAACAAGGACCAGUGCUGCAUCAUCAGCGGUGAGUCAGGAGCUGGGAAGACUGAAAGCACCAAGCUGAUCCUCCAGUUCUUGGCUGCUAUCAGCGGGCAGCACUCCUGGAUAGAACAACAGGUGCUGGAAGCCAACCCCAUCCUGGAAGCGUUCGGCAACGCCAAAACCAUCCGGAACGACAACUCCAGCCGUUUCGGCAAAUACAUCGACAUCCACUUCAACAAGAGAGGAGCCAUCGAAGGGGCCAAGGUGGAGCAGUACUUGCUGGAGAAGUCCAGAGUCUGCCGACAGGCGGCUGAUGAGAGGAACUACCACAUCUUCUACUGCAUGCUGAGAGGAAUGGCCCCAGAGCUGAAGACCAAGCUGGGUCUGGGCCUCGCCACCGACUACUCUUACCUCACCAUGGGUAACUGCACGGUGUGCGACACUCGUGACGACCUGAAAGAGUACUCCAGCAUCCUGUCGGCCAUGAAGGUCCUCAUGUUCUCUGAAACGGAGAACUGGGAGAUCAGCAAGCUGCUGGCGGCCAUAUUGCACAUGGGCAACAUGCGCUAUGAAGCUCGUACCUAUGACAACCUGGAUGCCUGUGUGGUGGUGAGGUCACCUGACCUGUCUACUGCCGCUUCCUUGAUGGAGGUGAACCCCAAGGAUGUGAUGACCUGUCUGACCUCUCGCACCCUCAUCACCCGAGGAGAGAGCGUCUCCACUCCCCUCAGCAUGGUCCAGGGCCUGGACGUGAGGGACGCCUUCGUCAAGGGGAUCUAUGGAAGGCUGUUUGUGUGGAUCGUGGAGAAGAUCAACGCUGCCAUCUUCAGACCUCCGUCCUGUGAGAGCCAGCUCAUACGGAGGUCCAUAGGCUUGCUGGAUAUCUUCGGGUUUGAGAACUUCAACAUUAACAGUUUUGAGCAGCUGUGCAUCAACUUCGCCAACGAGAACCUGCAGCAGUUCUUCGUGCGUCACGUGUUCAAGCUGGAGCAGGAGGAGUAUAACCUGGAGCACAUCAACUGGCAGCACAUCGAGUUCACCGACAACCAGGACGCCCUGGAUAUGAUCGCCAACAAGCCCAUGAACAUCAUCUCCCUCAUCGACGAGGAGAGCAAGUUCCCUAAGGGAACCGAUGCCACCAUGUUGAACAAACUCAACUCUCAGCACAAGCUCAACAUCAACUACAUCCCUCCAAAGAACAGCUAUCAGACUCAGUUUGGCAUCCAGCACUUUGCUGGGGUGGUGCAUUACGAGACCAGAGGCUUCCUUGAAAAGAACAGGGACAGCCUCCACACUGACAUCAUCCAGCUGGUCCACUCGUCCAAAAACAAGUUCAUCAAACAGAUCUUCCAGGCGGACGUUGCCAUGGGUGCUGAGACCAGGAAGCGCUCUCCCACCCUGAGCAGCCAGUUCAAACGCUCCCUGGAGCUGCUGAUGAGGACGCUGGGGGCGUGUCAGCCCUUCUUCGUCCGAUGCAUCAAGCCCAACGAGCUCAAGAAACCUCUGCUCUUUGACAGGGGUCUGUGUGUGCGGCAGCUACGAUACUCUGGGAUGAUGGAGACCAUUCGUAUCCGCCGAGCCGGCUAUCCCAUACGCUACACCUUCGCUGAGUUUGUAGACCGCUACAGAGUCCUAAUGCCCGGCCUCAAACCCGCCUAUAAACAGGAGGACCUUAGGGGGACCUGCCAACGGAUCAUGGAGGCGGUCCUCGGACGAGAGGACGAUUGGCAAAUUGGGAAGACGAAGACCUUCCUCAAGGAUCACCACGACAUGCAGCUGGAGAUCCAGAGGGACAAGGUCAUCACUGACAAGGUCAUCCUCAUCCAGAAGGCCGUACGGGGAGUCAAGGACAGAGCUAACUUCCUGAGGGUCCGGAGGGCAGUCACCCUGAUUCAAAAGAUCUGGAGGGGUUAUCAGUGCAGGAAGAACUACAGCGCCAUGCGGGUGGGUUUCCUGCGUCUCCAAGCCCUCUAUAGGUCGAGGAAGCUCCUCCUGAGCUACCGAUUGGCCAGGCACCGCGUCACUCACCUCCAGGCCCGCUGCCGUGGUUUCCUGGUGCGGCAGGCCUUCUGGAGGCGUCUGCGCGCCGUGCUCACCAUCCAGGCGUUCUCCCGGGGCAUGAUCGCACGUAGGCUCUGCCACAGGCUGAAGGAGGAGCACCGUCGCAGGCUGGAGGCAGAGCGGCAACGCCUGGCGGAGGAGGAGGGUCUGAGGAACCAGAUGACGGCGCGGCGGGCCAAGCUAGAGGCGGAGAGGAACCACCAGGAGCGUCUGGCCCAGCUGGCCCUGCGGGAGGAGGAGCGGGAGAGGGAGGCGCGGGAGGAGGCGAGGCGCAAGAAGGAGCUGGUGGAGCAGGUGGAGAGGGAGAGGCUGCAGCCGGUGGAUCACUGCGACAUGGUGGACAAGAUGUUCGGCUUCCUGGGGAACAGCAGCGCGCUGCCCAAUCAGGAAGGGCAGGGGCCGUCCGGCUUCGAGGACCUGGAGAAUGCCCCCCAGGGCGACGACGUGGAGGAGGAGCCUGAGGCCCCGCCUCUUCCUGACGACGAGGGGGAGGACCUAUCAGAGUACAAGUUCUCCAAGUUCGCCGCCACCUACUUCCAGAGCACCGCCACGUACACCUACGCACGCCGGCCGCUCAAACAACCGCUGCUCUUCCACGAGGAUGAGGGGGACCAGCUGGCUGCGUUGGCGGUGUGGAUCACGGUGCUGAGGUUCAUGGGAGAUCUUCCCGAGCCCAAGUACCAGCUGGCCAUCAGCGACGGCAGCGACAAGAUCCCCGUCAUGACCAAGAUCUACGAGACGCUGGGGAAGAGGACCUACAAGAGAGAGCUGCAGGAGCUGCAAGUGGAGGCAGAGGUGAGGGAGCUGCAAAAGAAGAACAGCGUGAGACACAAGCUGAUCUCACUCACCCUCAAAAGGAAAUCCAAGAUUACAGAAGAGGUGGCCAGACGAUUGACUGACGGCGAUUACAGCCUACAGGGAAACAGCAUGCUGGAAGACCGGCCCACCUCCAACCUGGAGAAACUCCACUUCAUCAUCGGCAACGGCAUCCUCAGACCAGCUCUCAGGGAUGAGAUCUACUGUCAGAUCUGUAAGCAGCUGAGCCAGAACCCGUCGAAGAGCAGCCAUGCCCGGGGCUGGAUCCUGCUGUCUCUCUGCGUGGGCUGCUUCGCACCGUCCGAGAAGUUUGUCAAAUACUUGCGGACAUUCAUGAUCGGAGGCCCCCCUGGCUACGCUCCGUACUGCGAGGAGAGACUGAGGAGGACGUUUGUGAACCGGACCAGGGCUCAGCCUCCCUCCUGGCUGGAGCUGCAGGCCACCAAGUCUAAGAAGCCCAUCAUGUUGCCGGUCACCUUCAUGGACGGCACCACCAAGACCCUGCUGACCGACUCUGCCACCACGGCCAGCGAGCUGUGCAACGCCCUAGCCGACAAGAUCAACCUCAGGGACCGCUUUGGCUUCUCCCUCUACAUCGCUCUGUUUGACAAGGUGUCGUCUCUGGGCAGUGGCAGUGACCACGUGAUGGACGCCGUGUCCCAGUGUGAGCAGUACGCCAAGGAGCAGGGUGCCCAGGAGAGGAACGCCCCCUGGCGCCUGUUCUUCAGGAAGGAGAUCUUCACGCCCUGGCACGACCCCAGUCAGGAUGCCGUGGCAACCAACCUCAUCUACCAGCAGACCGUCCGAGGGGUCAAGUUCGGGGAGUAUCGCUGUGAGAGGGAGGAGGACCUAGCAGAGCUGGCCUCUCGGCAGUACUACAUCGACUACGGCUCGGAGAUCCUUCUGGACCGCGUCCUCAGCCUCGUCCCUUCCUACAUCCCCGACCGCGAGGUCACCUCCGCCAAGACCGCAGACAAGUGGGCUCAGCUCGUCAUCGCCGCCCACAAGAAGGGAGUUCACACCCAGAAGAGGCUGGGCCGUCAGAAAGUGAAGGAGGAUGUGGUGGACUUUGCUCGCUUCAAGUGGCCUCUGCUCUUUUCCCGCUUCUACGAGGCCUUCAAAUUCUCAGGGCCCAGUCUACCGAAGAACGACGUCAUCGUGGCCGUGAACUGGACCGGAGUUUACUUUGUGGAUGAGCAGGAACAGGUCCUUCUGGAACUCUCUUUCCCAGAGAUCACUGCGGUGUCUAGCAGCAGAGGAGGUAAACUUCAGGGCCAGAGUUUCACGCUGGCCACCAUCAAAGGAGAUGAGUACACGUUCACCUCCAACAACGCAGAGGACAUCCGUGACCUGGUGGUGACCUUUCUGGAAGGCCUCAGGAAGAGGUCAAAGUUCGUGGUGGCUCUGAUCGACUGCACCAACCCCGCUGGGGAGGACCCAACGUUCCUGGGGUUCUCCAAGGGGGAUCUGAUCGUGCUGGACCAGCACUCGGGGGAGCACGUGAUGACCUCCGGCUGGGCCCACGGGGUCAACGACAGGACCAAGCGCAGAGGAGACUUCCCCGCUGAGUGUGUUUACAUCCUGCCCACCAUCACCAGGCCACAGUACGACAUCGUGGCCCUGGUUACCAUGACUCCAGACCAGAGGAAGGAGUCCAUCAGUCUGUCUCAGCUGGCUCUGGCAGAGAGUGAGGACAAGAUCAAACCUUACACCUUAGAGGAGUUCUCCUACGACCACUUCAGACCCCCUCCUAAGUCUACUCUCAGCAGGGUGAUGAUCUCUAAGAGCAGGGGGAAGGAGCGUCUGUGGUGCUGCACCCGCGAGCCCCUCAAACAGCCCCUGCUGAAGAAGGUCGUCGCUCACGACGAGCUCUCCCAGGAAGGCUGCCUGGCCUUCAUCGCUCUCAUGAGGUACAUGGGUGACUACCCCUCCAAGAGAGCCCGCUCGGUCAACGAGCUGACCGACCAGAUCUUCGAGGGGGCGCUGAAGGCCGAGCCGCUGAAGGAUGAGAUCUUCUGUCAGAUCCUGAAGCAGCUCACAGAGAACCACAUCAAGUUUAGUGAGGACAAGGGCUGGGAGCUCCUGUGGUUGUGUACAGGUCUGUUUCCUCCCAGCAACGUGCUGCUCCCUCAUGUCCAGAAGUUUCUCCAGUCUAAGAAGCACAACCCUCUUGCUCCUGACUGCAUGCAGAGACUACAGAAAGCCUUACGUAACGGAUCCAGGAAGUACCCUCCCCACCUGGUGGAGGUGGAAGCCAUCCAGCAUAAGACCACACAGAUCUUCCACAAAGUCUACUUCCCCGACGACACGGACGAGGCGUUUGAAGUGGAGUCCAGCACCAAAGCCAAAGACUUCUGUCUCAACAUCUCUGGUCGGCUUCUCCUCAAGUCUCCCGAAGGCUUCAGCCUGUUUGUCAAGAUCACGGACAAGGUCAUCAGUGUCCCAGAUGGGGAUUUCUUCUUCGACUUCGUGAGGCAUUUGACUGACUGGAUCAAAAAAGCCAAACCUGCAAAGGAUGGUGUAGUGCCUUCGUUGACCUAUCAGGUGUUCUUCAUGAAGAAGUUAUGGACCAAUACCGUCCCAGGAAAGGACUCCAUGGCUGACAGCAUCUUCCACUAUUACCAAGAGCUGCCAAAGCAUCUCCGUGGUUACCACAGGUGCACUCGUGAGGAGGUGUUCCAGAUGGCUGCUCUGAUCUACAGGGUGAAGUUCGAGGAGGACAAGUCUCAGUUCCCAAACAUCCCCAAGAUGCUGAAGGAGCUCGUCCCUCAGGACCAGAUAAGACACCUGUCGCCCGACGACUGGAAAAGGUCCAUAGUGGCGUUUUUUAACAAGCAGUCAGGGAAGACACGUGAGGAGGCCAAGCUCUCCUUCCUGAAGAUGGUCUUCCGGUGGCAGACUUUCGGAUCUGCCUUCUUUGAAGUCAAGCAAACCACAGACCCCAACUACCCUGAGAUUCUGUUGAUAGCGAUCAACAAACAUGGGGUCAGUCUGAUUGACCCCAGGUCUAAGGACAUCUUGACGACUCACUCCUUCACCAAGAUCUCCAACUGGAGCAGUGGCAACACCUACUUCCACAUCACCAUCGGCAACCUAGUCCGCGGCAGCAAGCUGCUCUGCGAAACCUCCCUGGGAUACAAGAUGGAUGACCUUCUUACGUCCUAUAUCAGUCAAAUGCUAACAACUAUGACCAAACAACGCGGUACCCGUGGCAGCAUCAAGUAAUGUAAACAAUCACGUAUCCAUUCCCUUGUCUGAAAGUAGCCCUUGAUGGCUCAAAUCACAGCACCCACACAAACACACAGCUUGACUGAAGGGAGUGUCCCCUGAAGAGCUAAAUCAGCUCUCCUUGAACUACUUUUGAGAUGUUUAGUUUACUAGAGCCUUCCUUGAAGUACUGUUAUCAAUGUGUGUAAAAUGAUUCUAGCAGGGUUAAAUGGUUAGGUUAGGAGUCUAACUUGAAGAGAAUAAUGAAGACUUUUAAUUGGAUUGACAUCUUGAACAUGACAUUAAUGCCAAGUCAUGCCUGUCUUAAAUUCACAGAUUGCCUUCUCUUGAACUACCCAUACUCAAUGCACUAAAUUACGAUUUGUAAUAUGGCAACUAAUCAGGUGUUGGGGGUAAAUUCCUGUAGAACCGAGUUAUGCAAAUUGGAAAAACAUUUUAAAAGUAUAUAGCACCUUUCAGGUUACUUCCAUUAAUAUUUUACAGUAUUGUAAAUGUUUAAGUAUGUUGCGUUUCACGAAGACUGUUCUUUGGCUGAAAGUGUAACCGUCUGUUUGUAGUAUCGGCAUGGCAAUAAAAAAAAAAAAAUACACAUAGAUCCAAAGGUUUGUCUGAAAUAGUUUGUGGGUCUAUACCUCACUUUCCAUAGCACCUGACUUUUCCUUCACUGUUUUUAAUGUAUGCACACAGAUCACAUCUUCAGAUUAGACACCUAAAACAUCUAUGCAUCCUCAAUCUGUGUUAGGAAGAAUGGAGUCAAUUACUGUAGAUUGUUGUAAUUUUGCAAACUGUGGUUAGCCGAAUUCUAGUCAGUCAUCCAUUGAUGGAACAAGUAUUGAAGAACCAAUCAUUAAACCAUGUUUAUUAUGUAAAUAUGACCACCCAGGCUAUAGCACAUGAGUGUUCUGAAUGAUCUGUGUAUGUAAUCCUAGCAUCUCUUUGGAUGUGGCAUAGAUUAUGUUUAGGUAAUGCCACAUUCAAUGUUUUG